UAAAACAUCAGAAAGCGCAUGCGCAAAAGAGGAAAACCUAAAUCCCCUUCCGGUUCACGGCUCUGACUGCAUGAUGGCUGUGCGUGGUGAUAACGUGUCUCAGAAUAUCCAAGAAGAUGCAGUUUGUCAGCUUAAGGACGACAACCAACAGAGCGAUUCAGAGGGAGAAAGUAUUAACGAAGACUCUGACGGAGGAGAAAACACAGACAGCCAUGAUGGCGACGAAGCGGAGAGUGAAAAGGACGAAGAUAACGACUCGGACGCCGUUGGCGGUUGGGCAGACGCUAUGGCAAAAAUCCUGGGGAAGAAAACUACAGCGAACAAGAGCAGCAUCCUGGCUAAUAAGAAAGCGGUGACUGAGAGAAAGGAGCUGCUGGAGAAAAAGAAAGAAGUAGACAAGAAGCGACAGUGGGAAAUGAUGUUUCGAGAAAAACCUGACAUCGUGCGGGACCGUGAGCUUGAGAAAGCCCUGCAGAGGACCGCCACCAGGGGGGUGGUGCAGCUAUUCAACGCCGUGAGGAAACACCAGAAAAACACGGGUGAAGCGCUGAAGGAGGUCGGUGGAUCUGAGAGAAAGAAGGCUAAGAUUAUAUCUUCUAUCUCAAAGAAAGACUUCAUCGAUGUGCUGAGGCGGACUGAAGAAGGAAACAAGGUUUCUGUGAAGAUGGAGAAUCCUCCUGUGUCUGAGCAGAAGCCAGCGUGGAGUGUCCUGAGAGAGGACUUCAUGAUGGAAGCCAGCAUGAAAGACUGGGACAAAAACAGUGACACGGAGGAGGCUGGUCCCCAUAAAUGAGGAAGGAAGAGAUUUGAACUGAAUCUUCCCAUCUAGGUCUGAAUACUGAAGCUCCUGAUGCCCUGAGAGACCAGCUAACGAAGGGAGAUGCUCCCUUAGUCUGGAUGAUAAUUUGCUAAAUUUGGUUUGUUCUGUGUUUAUAACCUAAAAGAAUAUAAACAGUCUGAAAUCAGCAUUUUCAAAAUGCUCCGCUGCAAAAUACGUGUGCAUCAUAUUUUUGUUUUGAUGGAUGCAGCUGAAAACAUGUCGGAUAAAAUCAAAGAAUUGCAAAUUUUGUAUUUUCAGAGUCUAUUUUCUGUUUUCCUUUUUUUUUUUUU